AUGGACCCUCAGCGGAAGAGGGCUUGGCAGUUAUUCCCCAUAUUAUGUAUGGCGUGGCUGUUCUACGCUUUGGAUGGGUCAGUUAUCAGUGUUAUGAUAACGAACCCUGAUUUCAAGAGGAAAUUCGCGCUCGAUGAUAGCAGAUUGGGCUUAUAUGUCUUGCUUCCUAGUAUAGGAGCUCUGGUCAGCACCGUUGGCUUUGGUGCCGUCAUUCCGAAAUAUACCGGUCGCAAAUGGGGAUUCCAGAUUGCCACCUGUUUUGUGGUUUUUGGUGUUAUUUUGCAGACCUUUCCUGACAGAUGGGAAGCUCUCUGCACUGGUAGGUUCUUGAUGGGAUUUGGUGGUGAUCUUAAUGGAAUGGUUCUGGGAUGGUAUGUCACAGAAGCAUCUCCCAAAAAUAUUCGUGGCAGAAGCUUGAUUCUUGUUCAACAAUUCUCCAGCUCGUUCUUUGCUAUUAUUGGGUAUUGGGCAGCGUAUGGCAUCGCGUUCCUUGACCAGGAAAAGUCUUACAGCUGGAAGGUGGCCAACUCGCUCCAGUUCGCUCCCGCGCUCGUUUUCUUCCUGCUGGUUUUCAAGCUCGUUGAAUCCCCCCGCUGGCUCGCAGCCAAGUAUCCCAACGAUGAUAUGCCUAUGCUGCGAAGUUUGGCAUGGCUACGAGCGAAAAGCAUAGACCACCCAGAUGUCAUUGCAGAAGGUAGAGAGGUACGAGACUAUGAGAUAUGGUCACGUCAGCACGAGGCUACAAACCCUCUCAACAUAUUCAUGGAGAAGCGACUUACAAAACGUUGGCUCUACUCCAUGGUGCCUCUUCUCCAGCAACAAUUCUGUGGUGUUGGUCUUCUCGGUCUCUACGCUGCCAUCAUUUACCAGCAACUUGGUCUCAAUACGCAGAGGAACGCAUUGCUUCUAAAUGCGUGUCUUCAGAUACUCUACGCUAUUGCUGCAUUAGGAUCCUCUUACUUCGUCGAAAGACUCGGAAGACGAAAAUGUAUCCUGACAGCUUCCAUCAUCCAGUCUUGCGGCCUAGCCUGCAUCUGUGGUCUUGCAGUAGGAACCAAGGAGCGCGCCAAUACUGUUGCGAAUGCCUUUAUCGUUGUCUUUAUUGUUCUCAAUACGUGCGUCUACUGGCUACUGGGUACAGGACCAACUGUUGUAUAUGUUAACGAGAUCUUUCCCAACCAUGUUCGAGAGAUUGGGGUCGGCGCUGCCAAUGCUAUACCUAUUGGUAUCGCAGUCGCUUUGGGCCAACAAUGGCCGUCUGCUACCACCAAGCUUGGGCCAUAUUCGUACUUCAUUUUGUUCGGAACGUGCACCUUUGGUACUAUUCUUUGUUGGUUCUUUGUUAAAGAGCCAAAAGGUUUGUCUAUUGAGCGAAUCGAUGUGCUCUUUGGUGAAACAGACAAAGUUGAGGAGGUGGAAGCCAAGUUUAGCGAGGCUCGUGCUGCCAAGGAUGAGCACUGUGCUCCCGCUGCGGAAUUACUGGAGUAUCCAGAACAGAAACCUUAA